GACGGAUCUCAGACCCUAAAACUGACCCCCGAAUUGCUCACACUUGACCCUACUGCAUACACAGAACAACUGGUGCAGAAGGAUACGGCAAAAACAGAAGGCGACUUCCAGGCUGAUUACGAAGCGAAACUGGUCCCGCUAAUCGAACAAGGGAAAGCGGGAUACUACUUUAUGCGCACAGACAAGACACAGGCGGGCGAAGUUGCACUGCACCUGUGGAUACUUAUUGUGUACGUGCCGGACAGUACACCUGUGAGGCAGAAAAUGCUGUACGCAUCAACCAAAUCAACAGUGAGGCGAGAAUUCGGUAGGUCGACUGGUAGUGUGAGGUUUUGA